GCGCGAGGCAGCAAAGAGUUCCAAAGGGAUCGUGUGUGAGAUGCGGAAAGAGUAACAUGUAGCUACUUAGUCUUAAAAAUAGUCAAACACAGUCAAUUGUAUAUUAUAUUUUGCAGUGUUACUCUGGAAGACCUGUCAAUAUUGUGACAUCAUAUGGUUUUGUUAUAUUGCCACUGUUUUCCGCACAAGGAUAUCAAAAGUGAGGGAAGUUUCGGAUGGUGAUGCUGGCGGCGGAAGAUCCAUCCGUGGACGGGCAUUUAGCAUCCACUCCACGGAGGAGAGGUAUGGAUGGCAAAGUCAAACCCAGCAAUGUCAAUAAGAAGCUUGUUCAGGCCCGCCUUCCAUUUAAGCGUCUGAACCCAGAGCCCAAAGAGACCAGUGAACCCAAAAGAACUCGUGCCCUUCCCUGCCCAGAGCCUGGGCUCUCAGAUGGGGAGAAUGAAUCUGAAAUUUCCCCGCUACCCAUGCAUCACGGACCAGCAUUGGUUAACGGCCGCGGACCCCUGGAUGGAUUCAUGAGUCACAGCAGCCAAACUUCCCCUGCCAAAAUAAUAGUUGUUCUCACUGAGGACUUCAAUUCAACUUACCCUCUAAAACAGCAACCUGCAACACCCAUUUCUGCCUUGUGUCCUCCCACAAAAAACAACCAUCAAAGCAAAAUCCUGAGUGCUGUAACGGCCACCAAAACAGACCACACUGCCAAAACAGGGCAAUUAGACUGCAAGGUGGGGGAUGAACGGGAUGGGGAGGAGGAGCAGGAAGGGGAGGACACUGCAUCAAUCUCACAGCUAGAUACAACACAGGGAUCUGACAUAGAGGAAGAGUUUGUCAACCCUGAUAUGUCCAGUCAAGGGAAUGGGUCCAUGCUGUCUCCUUCAUCCACCAGCUCUCUGUCAGCGGCCGAGAGCUCCCCAGAGGCUGUCAAGACGGAGAACAAUCGUACUGUCACGGAGCCACAUUCCACCCCUAAAAUAGAGCAGAAAACAGUGAAAAGACUCUCUAUAAAGAGUUUGCAGGAGCAAGCGGAAAGGCUACACCAGCGCCAAGAGAGAGAGCGGCAGCGGGAGGAGGCUAAAGCGGUUAAAGAGAAGAAAAAAGAGGAGGCUCGCAAACUGAAAGAGGAGAGAGAGAGGGAAAGAAAGGAGAAAAGGGAGAAAGAAGAGUGUGAAAAAAGAGUGAGAAAAGAAAAAGAGGAAAAGGAAAAAGCAGAGAAAUUAAGAGCGAAAGAGGAGCAUCGCAAAUCAAAGCAAGAGGUAAAACUUGAAGGCAAGAGAAAGAAAGAGGAGGAGAAACGGUUGAAAGAAGAGAAGGAUAGGCUCAAAGCAGAGAAAGCAGAGAUAACAAGAUUCCUACAGAAACCGAAGACUCCUCAGCAGGCCACAAAGACCCUUGUAUCUGCCUGUGGAAAGUUUGCUCCAUUUGAGAUAAAGGAGCACAUGGGUCUGGCGCCGCUGACACGGGUCCAGUGUGAGGAGGCAGUCCUGGAUGAACUGGACCGGUACCUGGCUAAGCCUGAUGGAAGUCUGCACGGCCUGAGGGACUGGACCAGAAAUGAGCCCCGCAGAUCAGGCCCAACCAAGCCCAGAAGCACAGACUCUAUGAGGGAGUGUAUGGUGAUAGUUAAGGGGCCUAAACCGGACGGUGUGCCUGACCGGCAGCGCUACGGCCGCAUGAAGCUCCUUCAGUUCCGUGAGAACUACCGGCCUGCCUACUGGGGCACGUGGAGUAAAAAGAGCCCCCACAUCUCCCCACGUUACCCUCUCAGACAGGACAAGGUCCUGUUGGAUUAUGAAGUAGACAGUGAUGAGGAGUGGGAGGAGGAGGAGCCAGGAGAAUCCCUGUCACACAGUGAAGGGGAGGAUAAUGAUGAGGGAGGUGAAAAUGACGAUGACGAUGAGGAUGGUUUCUUUGUACCCCAUGGUUACCUAUCAGAUGGCGAGGGGGCAUUGGAGGAGGAAGAGGAGGGUGGCGACCCAGAGAAGCAGAAGGUUCGUCAGAAGCUGAAAGCCCGGGAGUGGGACGAGCUGAUGGCCAAGAAGAAGGUGAAGGUGCUGGAGGCGGUGGUGAGAGGCUGUAUAUGGCAGGGAGAGGGUCCUCCUCUGGAGCUAUUCCAGAAAUUCGCUGUGUGCCUGGUAGAACCCCUGCCAAAGCCGGAGCCCACCACCCCAGAGGACUACGCACAGAAACUACAAGAAGAUGAGCAGCUGCUGUCCCAGUUGCUGCCACUGCUCCAUGGAAAUGUGAACAGCAAUAAGGUGAUCAUCACAGAGUUCCAGGAGUUUUGUCGCCAGAAAUUGACCUCUACUAUUUCCAGCCCCCAGAACUCGGGAGACAUUCCCACCAGGAUCCGUCUGAAGCGCCUUAUCAAGGGAAAUUCCAUGUAUGAGAAGCGCUCGGCCUACAGACGCUGCUGCUGGUACAUACACACAGAGGUCCUGGCUCGCUUCAGCCAGGAGGCUCUCCCUGUGCCCUGCCAGUGGAACUACCUCACCUCUGGGGCCCAUGUGUCCCGUGAAGAAGCCUCGGCGGCCACAGGCUCACAGGGCAACUCCCCAACCACCCCACAGACCUCCACCACAACCUCCUCCUCCAACAAAAGGAAGAGUGCCGGCAGCAUGUCCAUCACCAAGUUCAUGAAGAAGGCUGCCGACCCUGAGCAGGCUCAUGAGAUGGAUGGGUUCCAGGCAGACACAGAGGAGGAUGAGGAUGAAACAGACUGCGUCAUAAUCCGUACACAGAAAGGAUCUUCCAGAAAGGAUACCUCCCCCCACAGAAAAUGAGCACACAGAAAAAAUUGAGGUGACCCCCCCCCUCUGAUACGACUGCCCUCCCCUGCACCGGCCCCACCCCGGCCACCACCUAAGAACUGCCCCCUGACUCUGGGGGUGUGUAACCAGUGUCAAAUAGAAUCAGGCCUUCAAUCAAGAUAACAUUCUGUAGUGGCACACACACCACCCACACAGUAUUACUUCCCACUCUGCUCCUCUAAGUACCAGACAUCUGCAUGUAAAAAUGAGUGUCUGACUGAGAAACUUAUUAGGACAUGGUUUAUUUUAUUCCAAUGCUCAACGCUUUUAUUACUUGGUUCAGUUGGAGUGUCAGACAUGUUUAUAUGGAUGUCUUUGCUUGGUGAGGAGUGGAAGGUGGCUCAGACAGUCAAGACUCUGCUACUAUGGUAGAUUGGGUGGCUGUUCUAGUAGUUGCUGUGUGCUGGCCCAUGUGUCCUCCUUUUAAUACAUAUAUACAGUACCAGUCAAGUUGAGACACCUACUCAUUCAAAGAUUUUUCUUUAUUUUUACUAUUUUCAUAGUUUGGAUAUCACAUAUGGAAUCAUGUAGAAAACCAAUUCAAAAUGUUAUUUGAGAUUCUUCAAAGUAGCCACCCGUUGCCUUGAUGAUAGCUUUGCACAAUUUUGGUAUUUUAUUAACCAGCUUCAUGAGUGCUUUUCCAACAGUCUUGAAGGAGUUCCCACAUAUACUGAGCACUUGUUAGCUGCUUUUCCUUCACUCUGCAGUCCAACUCAACCAAAUUGAGAUGGGUGGAAUGAGGUCGGGUGAUUGUGGGGGCUAGGUCGUCUGAUGCAGCACUCCAUCACUCUGCUUUUUGGUCAAAUAGCCCUUACACAGCCUGGCGGUGUUUUGGAUCAUUGUCCUGUUGAUUAACAAAUGAUAUUCCCACUAAGCACAAACCAGAUGGGAUGGUGAAUCGCUCCAGAAUGCUGUGGUAACCAUGCUGGUUAAGUGUGCCUUGAAUUCUAAAUAAAUCACGAACGGUGUCAGUACCAUCACACCUCCUCCUCCAUGCUUCACGGUGGGAACCACACAUACGGCGAUCAUCCGUUCACCUACUCUGUGUCUCAAAGAUGUUGGUUGGAACCAAAAAUCUGAAAUCUGGACUGAUCAGUCUAAAGGACAGAUUUCCACUGCUCGUGUUUCUUGGCCCAAGCAAGUCUUAUUAUUGGUGUUUUUUUAGUAGUGAUUUCUUUGCAGCAACUCAACAGUUGAUGUUAAGAUGUGUCUGUUACAUGAACUGUGAAGCAUUUCUGAGGCUGGUAACUCCAAAGAACUUGUCCUCUGCAGCAGAGGUUCUGGGUCUUCCUGGAGUUUUAUGAGAGCCAGUUUAUUCAUAGCGCUUGGUUUUUGCAGCUGCAAAAGUUCUUGAAAUUUUCCAGAUUGACUGGACUAUCAUUUCUCUUUGCUUAUUUGAGCUGUUAUUGCCAUAUGGACUUAGCCCUAUUUGGUAAAAUACUAUCUUCUGUAUACCACCCUACCUUGUCACAACACAACUGAUUGGCUCAAACGCAUUAAGGAAAGAAGUUCCACACACCUGUUAAUUGAAAUGCAUUCCAGGUGACUGCCUCAUGAAGCUGGUUGAAAGAAUGCCAAGCAUGUGCAAAGCUGUCAAGGCACAGGGUGGCUUCUUUGAAGAAUAUCAUAUUUUUAUUUGGUUAUGUGUUAUUUCAUAGUACGAUGAAACAAAAACCCUGGAAUGAGUGUACCCAAACUUGACUGUGUAUAUAUGCAUUUGUUUAAAAAAAUACUUGACCUGGUUGAAUUGUACUGCACUUUUAUAUGCCUUGUUCCCCUUCCUUAUCUGGAUACCUUUAUCAACAUCCCACCACUCAUCCCUGUAUGGUUUCAAUAUGGCAGGUGCUGUUUCAGGCUGCUAAACAGUGAUUUGUGUUCUUAAUGGUUUAGAGGUGGAACAGGUAAUGGCCGGCCAUUAUUAAAAACAUUGCCAAUGAAAGGCAAACGGCAGAGACAUUCAGAAUGCUUUCCUGUCCCAGUUUUCAGAUAUGAUUAAAGGUCUCACUUUGUCUUUAAAUAAAGCAAUAUUUAAAUGUUAA